CAUCGAUCAAUCCUCUUGACUUUCCUUAUAAGUCUUUUUCCUCUUUGACUGAUCAAGCCAGCUUCUUAGAGCCCCUUUUGAAUUCCAUCCCGAUUUCUCAGUGUUUUCAAACUCAUAAUUUUGAAAAAAAAAACUCCUAUUUUCUUACCAGUUUUAAGUUAUCUGAAAGUAAUGGCUUCCAGCUCGAUGCGUAGCUCUGCUCAAUCAUGGACUGCAAAACAGAACAAGCAGUUCGAAGACGCUUUGGCUAUGUAUGACAAAGACACCCCUGAUCGUUGGAACAACAUUGCCAGAGCUGUCGGUGGCAAAUCGGCGGAAGAAGUUAGAAGGCACUAUGAAGCACUUGUGAGGGAUAUCAUGCAAAUUGAAACGGAUCAAGUUGCUCUCCCUAAUUACAGGUCCAUUGGCAACAAUGGCAGAGUUUAUGCCAAUGAACAGAGGCUUCUGAAGAAUCUAAAGCUGCAGUAAAUAGUAACACUGAUCCUAGCAAAUGGGGGAUCAAUCUACACUCUUCUCUGCACUCAGGCAUCUGUGAAAGGAAAGGCAGAUGCUGAUGGUGCUCUCAAAAAAGUUUGGAUUUUUCGGUGUUACGGUUUAAUCUUCUGUUAAGCUGUUGUUAAUUUACAACUGUUGUUACGUGUAAAGUACCAUGUUAUGGAAAAACAAAAACGCUGCAUUGAGGUAUUACAACAAGAUUAAAAUUGUGAAAAAAUUUGUAAUGCCUGUCAUGUACUGCUGUUUCUGCUAUAUUAUG